CCCAACGAGCUCGCUGGGAAGGAAACGCGAGAGCCGGACAUCACGGACAUGUUGCGUCAAAGCGACUUGACCGAACUCUACGUGUGGGGUUUUUCGAUGUUGUACCAUUACUAUUUUCGAAAAUGACAGUAUAUUUACGUGCUUGACCUCUGUGGAUCUCUUGGCUCUGUUUCUCCACAGUGUGAACCGUACGAAACGCUUGCGCAGCUUUGUGCGUAUUCCCCAAGGAAAUAUGUUGGUGGUCCUUUGUUGGUCGGAAUGAGUUUUGCACCUUCACCAUUGUUGGCGGACAGGAUCGCUGCUACAUCAAGGGCAACAUUGGGAUGCUUGAGAGGGGCCGCUACCUCCACCAAACUUACUGCAGUGGAUCUAAAAAACGCAAAGUGGAGGACAUCGGCUAUGGAGAGUCCAAAGUGUGCAGCGGUGUGGUUUCGGUGAACCAAGUGAGCGACGUAUCGUCGACAAGCGGCCUUGCACCUCAGCAACUGCCGCACACCCAUGGAGCCCCUGUUGCUACACCCUUGAAGAACCAAGCUAGCAGCAGUGCGGGUGGCCAACAGUGUGGGCUAAAGCGCAAGUCGGACGAGCUGUCAGCGGACCAUGCGUCGUGCGGCCUGGCCGUACCCAGACACCGAAACCCUGAGCAGAGCAAACCCUCGACCGUGGCGCCCGCUACGUCCAAGGCUAGUUCCUCUGAGGGGGACUACCAACUGGUACAACAUGAAGUUCUUUACUCGGCCACACACCAGUAUGAGGUGCUUGAGUUCCUUGGAAGGGGUACCUUUGGACAGGUGGUCAAGUGCUGGAAGAAAGGCACCAACGAGAUUGUGGCCAUCAAGAUUCUCAAGAACCACCCAUCGUACGCGCGCCAGGGACAGAUUGAAGUGAGCAUCCUGCACAGGUUGGCUCAAGAGCCUGCGGACGAUUUCAACUUUGUGCGUGCCCUCGAGUGCUUCUCACACAAGUCUCACACAUGCCUAGUGUUUGAGAUGCUCGAACAGAAUCUUUAUGAUUUCCUCAAGCAGAACAAGUUCUCUCCACUUCCACUGCGCUGCAUUCGUCCUGUGCUCCAGCAGGUACUUACGGCACUUCUCAAGCUCAAACAGCUUGGCCUCAUCCACGCCGACCUCAAGCCAGAGAAUAUCAUGCUCGUGGAUCCCAUAAGGCACCCGUUUCGGGUCAAGGUGAUUGAUUUUGGGUCUGCAUCCCACGUGUCCAAGGCAGUGUGCUCCACCUACCUGCAAUCUCGCUACUAUCGGGCGCCAGAAAUCAUCUUGGGUCUUGCCUUCUGCGAGGCCAUCGAUAUGUGGUCUCUUGGCUGCGUUGUGGCUGAACUGUUCCUCGGAUGGCCUCUGUAUCCAGGAUCAUCCGAGUAUGACCAGAUUCGUUACAUCAGCCAGACCCAGGGCCUUCCGCAGGAGCACCUGUUGAAUGCGGCCACUAAAACGACUCGCUUCUUUCACCGUGAGACAGACUCCAAUUACCCCUUCUGGAGGCUAAAGACACCGGAGGAACAUGAGGCGGAGACUGGAGUUCGUUCCAAGGAAGCUCGCAAGUAUAUCUUCAACUGCCUCGAUGACAUGGCACAGGUGAACGUGCCCACGGACUUAGAAGGAGGCGAACUACUGGCAGAAAAAGCCGACAGAAGAGAGUUCAUAGACUUACUAAAGCGCAUGCUCACGCUGGACCAAGAGCGUCGUGUUGGACCUGGGGAGGCACUGAACCACAAUUUUGUCACCCUCAAUCACCUGGUGGACUAUGGCCAUUGCGGCAAUGUGAGGGCUUCCGUUCAGAUGAUGGAGGUUUGCAGACGUCCUUCUGGGCUCUACAGUCGAGGGUCGUCAAGCAGUAGGGGUCAACAGGGACCCCUGUGUGUAUCUUCUAUCCUGUGUCCCCCUCCCACAUACGCUGGAAGUAUGGGAUCCCCCGCAAAACACAUGGUGGUGGCACAGCAGCCUCCUGCGGCUCUACAGUUACAGCAGUAUGUGCCAGUGUCAGUGGUUGAGCAGAACGGACGGCAAGUGUUGUUAACAAACCCGGUGCAAGCAGCAUGGGGUGGCAACCGUCAAAUGCUGGUGCCCGCUUGGCAAGCUCCCCGUGCAGCCACAAUGCUCUCGGCGGAGGAUGCCUGGAGUCGGUCCCUGGUGUUGGAGCGAGCGGCAUUGUUACCCGACCAAGCAGCUGUCAUCCCUCUUGCUGGAGCGCUCCAAGGGACUCAGCCAUGGGGGGUGGUGGCUCACCCUAUGGUGUCAUCCUCCCUUACUACCUCCAAGCGCCACAACAAGAAUGGUCGCAGCUACAAAGAGAAAGAUGUGGUGCAGCACCAACAGCAGCAGUACCAGCAGCAAGCCCUUCAACCUCACGGUGUGCUCUUACCACCUAGCCACCACCAUCACCAUCACCAUCAACAGCAGCAGCAGCAACAACAACAGCAGCAGCAGCAGCAACAGCAAUUGUCUCCAGUUAAAAAGAGAGUCAAGGAGAGCACCCCUCCCAAGUGGGAGACAAAUCUUCCUGUGGUCACUGUAACAGCUCCAGUGUCACACCACAACAGCAGGACACAUGGAUCUCAACCUUGUCGAGGGAGGAGUACAAUCGUCAUUGGUGACACCCCUAGCCCAGCCAUCAGCGUCAUCACAAUAAGUUCCGAUUCUGAGGAAGAACACGAGAUUCCUUCAUGCUCUUGCAAGGGACGCAGCUGUCGGCGGUGCGUCGGUCGCCGAAAUCUGACCACCACGUCGUGUGCCAGCGUUGUACCCCUGACGCCAGAGGAAGAGCGCCUCUACAGCGUGCAGUCUACGCCGCGUCAAGGUAGUAGCAGAAUGUCACGGCUGCAGACGGACACUUGGCAGAGUCAACCUGGAGUUGUGUGGCCAGAGGAGAGUCAACCGUCUGCCUUCCAGCGCAGAGGGACCCACGCGGUGGCUGGUUCCUUGAAGCACGCUAUGCCCAGAGUAGUGAGCUGCAUCACAGUGCCGGACUCUGACUCUGAAGGAGGUGGCCACUACAGCCCCAACUUGCCCAAUUUCACAAAUUCUGUAGCUAAGGCUAUUAAGCCAGAGCCUCAGAGGGACAGCAUUCUCUGCAGUCAAAAGAAGCGGCUCCAGGCACAAGUGUUGACACCCAAGCGGGAAGAAGUGGGUAACCUCUUGGAAGGGGAACGUCUUAUCAAGUGCAACUCUGGGGUACCCCCGGUACAGCCUCAUGUGGGGCAGCCCCUGUACCUAGCACCUUCCUCCCAGCCUGAUCUCUACAGGGACUACUGCCGACCGACGGUGUACGUCGCCACCAGCCUGGCCCAACCAGCCUACCUUCCGCAGCAAGCACCGCAGAAGUACGUUCUUGCAGGACAGUUUCCGGCUCCACCCCCAGCCCAUCACCAUGCAGGGGCUGGUCGAGGUCCCGCCACCCUGACUACCGUGCCCUACGCUGCGGCCCAUCCUCUCCCUGCCCACAUGCAACCCGCCCCAGCUGCCCCUCCUGCCCCUGCUGUGCCUCUUGCCCCAUUCUCUGCUCCCUACGGGUACAGCCUGAAUCCACUGAGUCCGGGCAAGCCUCAAUAUCAGCAUGUCUACCAAAUGUUCGGAGAAUGAGAGUUCAGCUGUAGGGUGGAAUUGCACGCAAACUUUGUACAAUGAAUUUAUAUUGUGUGUGUGUGUUUGCCACUGCAGGCACCUUGAAUGUAGUGAGAGGGCCAUUUCCUAUCCAUCCAUAACUUUGACUUACCACAUUGGGAUUGAGUUUUUACGCAUUUUUUUUUUUCUCUCUCGCAGAGACCGCCUAACUUUGCUUCUUGUCCGCUUUUGUUUUACUGACGUUUUCUUCGAGGGAAAAACAAGUGUCAUUUUGCGUAUUUUGACCCCAUCGAAAUAAUUUCCACGAGUAGAUUUGUGGCAUUCAUUUUGUGUUUCUCUCUAAUGGGAUGAGCUUAAUCCGAUAUUUAGGCACAGACUUAGUUUAUUUCUGCCAUUUGCUCGGGUUGACCUCGUGGCCGAGUCUAUUGGUCAUAUCCAAGUGCCUGGCGACCGAGUUUUCUUCCUGGACGUUCCUAAGGAGGGAUUGUUCCCCGUUGGUAGGAAAACGAAAAACACAGGGUCACGACAAACCCGUUCCCUCUCCAGUGUGAUAAUUGCACAUUAAUGUAGUGACCACUGUAUUUAUAUAUAUAUAUAUAUAUAUAAUUAUACACACAAGCAUUACGAAAGUGUGGCUCCCUGUUAUGUACAUAGUACUAUAAUAAAAAAUGGAGGACAGAGCUUUUUUGUAUUCAAGGAGGCAACUGUGGGUCCUUUAGGGUAGUCCCUUUUCUUUCUUUUGGUCCACUGGGCCAGGUUAGAGUGCACCUAAAAUGCCAUCAAAAGUUGAGCAAAUUUCACGUUGUAUGCCCUAAAGUGUAUGUACAGGCAUAUCAGAAGGGCCAUGUGUGUAGCAGACGACGUAUCUCUUCAGUAAAUGUUAUUUCUGUUGUCCUCUCGCGUUGGCCAGCUUAUCCCUAAUGCCAAGUUUUGUCUAUUUUCUGCUUGUGAGUCACCAAAGAAAAACACCAUUGUUGCGAGUACAACAUUUCUGCUGUUAGAAGAAUUUUUGCAGACUUGCUGGCUUGCUCGAUGAUUGAUUUAACUUGGAGCACUGCAAAAAUGGUUUGGAGCGCAAAUUUUUGUGGGAAAGCCAUAUUGAGAUGCAUUUUUACUACGUGAACUCUGCGCACGUUUGAAGGAGAGCUCUUAUCAAGUGUGUAAUCAUUAAGAGUGUGUUGUUGAAUUGUGUGUAUUGAAUAGGUGCUCUCCUGAUGGUUGAUUUGGUGCUCCUCUAUGCAACGAAAAACUUGUUUUCCUUUUAUUUAGUUGUACAAUGCUGUCUUAACACAGCUGCUAAGUUUUCAGCCAGUUUUUGCCCACAAAACAACCUCUGCAGUGUAGAAAAUGUGAUUAUAGUUGUAGGAUGGGGGAAAUAUACAUUUAUUAGAAGGAAAGGGGUGGACAGAAUGGAUUACUUAGGACUAAGGGGAAGUUACUAUGGAUUUGUGGGGAUACCUUGUUUUACUUUGGAGCAACAAUUGAAGCAGACUGAGGCACAAAUGUCUAGAUCCAUGUACAAAUUGUAGAUAUCAUGCUGUUGUGAUAGGAAUUUUGUUUGUACAUUUUGUAAGCUUUGGUGUGUAUGGGAUUGUUGUAGCAUCAUUUUAACUGCACGUAAUCUUUGGUACAAAAUAAUCGCUUACGUAUAUAUAAAUAUAUCAAAAUGUUGCUUCUAAAUGUGUGUUCUUUUUGGUAACAAACUUGUGUGGCUGAGUAUGGGGUAAAAUAAAAGCGUUUCUUUUUAGUUUUACAGUAGAUUCAGUGAUGACAAGAAGGUCGUAUUCUGUCUUUCCGAACUAAAUUGACAAAAAAAAUUGUUAGUAAAAAAGGGAAUGUGUGGUUGACGCAAAAUAUGUGGGUGCUCAUUACAUUUUAAAUGCAUUUGUACGGCAUUAAGAAGUCUUAAAUAAACUGGUAUAGAAUUUGA